AUGCUCAGUCUUGCAAUUUAUUUUCUUUGCUCAUUAAUUGCGUUUGGAGUUUAUGGAUCUCCACCAGAUCCCAAAAAUUGUGGCGGAUUCGUAUGUGUUUUAAAUGAUCCACCAAAUCAAUGCGGUCAAUUUUGUCUGGCAGCAUUAAGGCCACUCAUCGAUCACAUUGCAAUGCAGAAGGAAUGGAAUACCAAUGAUGCCUUCAAGUUAAAUAAAACCCAAGUCAAACUGGAAAAUAUUGAAAAGCAGCAGGAAACUCUAAACAACCUUGUAUCACAGGACAUUGAAGCCAGAUUGCAAAAAAUGGAAAACCAAUUGCAGGAAUUAUUAACCAAGGUUACGACUGCACCUCUGCCUUUAAAGGCAGUUGUUCUACCAGGAUUCGAGAAGAUCGGCAAAAGAUACUUCUACGUUGAAAGGACCCACCAAAUGAAUUGGUUUGCUGCCCAGAAAACCUGUAUUCAAAUGGGAGGACAACUGGCGGUCAUCCAGGACGAGCAGGAACUAGAAGCUUUAAGAUCGAGAAUCACCCACGACACAAAAUACUGGUUGGGCAUCAACGACUUGGUGAACGAGGGCGAAUACGUGUCCUGGACCACCGGCAAGAGGGUCCCCUUCUUAAAGUGGAGGCCGGGUGAACCCAACCAUGCCCGAAAGGGAGAAAACUGUGUGAAUCUCUUUAUAGGCGCAAUGUACGAUAAUGGGUGCGACAUAAGGUACUAUUUUAUUUGUCAAGCUGCCGAAGGAAAUUGAUUAAAAGCAUUGACAUUGUACCGGGGUAUGGUUCUUUAAAGUCGAAAUAAUUUGAAAUUAACUUAUAUCUCAUCAUUACAUAUGUAACUUUCAUUAAUUGUAUUAAUUCUAGACUGUCUCUAUACCAAUAUCAAAAAUAAAGUAUUUUUAA